GGUUACGCAUAGGAGCGAACAGUGUGAAUGGGCCCUAUGUUGACUUUGUGUGUCAGUUUGUUCCGCUUCUAACGUCAUCUCUGUUCACAUAGGCAACAACACAUACCGCUUGCGAUAUCGCUCAAACAAAGCCCCAAGCCGUACCCCGUCCGAUGGACGAAUGAGAAACAAUCAGCCAUGCCACACAUCGAGCUACGACCGGACCAGAAGCUGCUGAAACCGAACUUCGACGGGUACAAGCUGUCCCUCGAACCGGUGCCGGUGCUCUCGACCGAGUUUUCGCCCACCAGUCACCCGCACCGUGUUAAAACGAACGACUGCUCCUACUACCAUGCCCGACUGUUUGGCAUGCAGAACCACCUGGUGCGCGAUCCCUGGGCGCCGGGCCAGUGCUACUACCUCGACUCGAUCGGGCUGCUGCAGCGGGUGUGCUAUGACAGUGCGCAGGGCCGGAUGCUGCCGAUCGCGGCCGUCUACAAGCUCCCAACGGUAGCAUCGAACGGCAGCAAUGGCGAGGAGGACGCCGCUGCGCGCUACAACUGUUCGCUGCUGUUCCCAUCCGAGCACCACUGCCUGCUGUCGGACGGAUGCGGUACCGUGCGCGUGCUGGAAACCGGAGACCGCACUACCGGUCGCGAAUGGAAAGCGCAAAGCACACUGCGACCGGUGGAGCAUAAUCUCGCCCAAGGCGUCCUACCCGGCGGUGACGUCCUGCUCGAUGGACGAUACGUCGUACGCGACGGCAAACGCUUGCUGCACUUCCUGACGCUCCAGCUCGACGGGCAGCCGGAGGCAAAAUCCAAAUGCCUGCUGCACUGGCAUACGCUCGAACAGCAGCAGUCGGGCCCGCCCGCCUGGACACUGUGUGCCUCCCGGACGCUGGCGAGCAACGGCUACCCGAGAUUUUGCGCGCUCGACUAUCACGCGGCCGCCGUGCUGGUCGCUUCCGAUCAGCCCUACCGCUUCGCGUACGAUUCGGAGCGCCCGGUCGUGGGCCCGGAACCGAAGCCGACGGAAAGCGAAUCGGUGGAUGCUCCCGCGGCCUGGGAGCAGUUUCCCUUCCGCUGGACGCAAACGCCGGACGAGGUGAAUGUGACGUUCGACAAGCACAAGGACGUGCAGUACCGCGUGGUGUGCGAACCGUCGUCCGGCCCGAACGAACCCUCGCUGCUGCAGGUGUUCGCUAACGACACCGUCGUGAUCGAUGGCGCACAGCUGUUUGCUGCGAUCGACCACGACAGCACGACCUGGUCCAUGGAUCCGAAGCUGUUCGACAUCGCAAUGGGCAAGCAGCAGCCCGGCGUAAUGUGGCCGUUCCUGUUCCCGGGCGCGCCGGACGAAGCUGUGUCGGAGGCAGGGGAUGCUAGCAGGCCACCGCCGGACGUAGAUUUACCGCCCGCCCCCAACCUAAGUGCACCGCUGGAACCGUGCGAUUUCGAGAGCGGCCAGGACACUUACUACACGCUCGAGCGGCUGUCCGCGGCCGACCACACGGUCACGCACACCGCUUCGCUCGGCCACGGGCCGCCACUGUUCGCGGUGACGUUGCGUGCCGGGCUGCCGGCCACGUUCGCGACCCGCCACGACGUCGACGCCUGCCUGUGGCAGCUGCAGCCGGUACCGCUCGGGGCGGAGGACUGCCGCCUGCAGCACGAGGGCACACUGCACGCGUUCGGGUACGUGCAGGCGUCGAAGCGCCAGCAGAAGUAUCUUGGCUGCGCGCCGGAUUUGGGGUACGGGGUGGUGUGCGAGUCCCACCGGGGCGUCUAUCUGUACAAGGGGAGCUACGGUGCGAGCGGGGCCGGUUUGCGCAACCGCACCGGGGCGCAGGUGACGAUCGGGCAGCAUCAGUUCGUAAGCCUGAAGGACGUCGGGGAGGUUUUGGGCAUCGCCUGCGAGAACGACGUGCUGAUACUGCUAGCGGAGAAGGCAAUCUUGGCGUUGCAACUGACGGACUAAAGGGGGAGGGGGGUGUCUUCCAAAGCCUUGCUUUAUUCUUUUGUCCUCAGAACGCUCAGAAGCACGCCCAUUCGGAAGAAACAGCAUUAUUUUAUCAUUCUUCUGCAGCAUUUAUGUGCGUUCUUCCCACUUUGCGAUUGGUCUGUACAUUUCCAAAUCAGCUUACCUUACCCACUAUUUCUGCAAUGAAAAAUUUAAAGAUUUUAUUUUAAAAAAACCUGUGACUGUAAUUCUGUUAAGGUAAAUAAACAAACACAAUGAAACCUAAA